UUUCAGGCAGAAAACGAGGAGUGCAAAUAGCAUGCCAGUCAAUGAAAAGAUGCACCCAAGAAAUCCAUACAAGGAUAAGCCUCCGGAUUUUAGUUUGCUUGCUGAUAAAUUCGUUGAGUUUCGAUCACACUGCUAUGUCGGCUCUAAUGGAAAGUUGAAAAUGAAUUUUCGUGAUACGAAUGCUGUGCGGAUUUUAGCUCGAACUCUGCUACGCAGUGAUUUUGGAUUGGAUGUUAAUAUACCCCCUGACUGUCUGGUACCACGUAUACCUCAGCGCCUUAAUUAUAUUCUUUUCAUUGAUGAUUUAUUGAAAGCAAAUGGCAUUUCCGAGAAUGCAGUUGGCAUCGAUAUUGGGACUGGUGCAUCUUGCGUAUAUGCACUGUUGGGUGCUAAACAAUUUGGUUGGAGAUUUGUGGCAACCGAUGCAGAUGCUUUUGCGGUUGAGAUCGCAAGUCAAAAUGUAGAGAAAAAUGGUAUGACCGAAAGAAUCGAGGUUGUGCGAGUACCAGCGGACUGUAUGAUUAAGAAUGUUGUUCGUUCUCAUCCAGAAACCGAAUUCACAUUCUGCAUGUGUAAUCCUCCGUUUUAUGAAUAUGAUGAAUUUGAAGAGAAGUUCAGAUACUUAAGAGAUAAUGUGUUGACAAAUAGUGGUGGUGGAUCGAACGGUGCGGUUCGUCCAGCACCUCACUCAGCCACUGUUGCUCGGAGUAACGAAUUGGCUGUUAUGGGCGGGGAAGUUGCAUUUGUUUCUCGUUUGAUUGAAGAUAGCUUCGUUUUGCAAAAUACUGUGAAGCUAUAUACAUCAAUGGUUGGCAAGAAAUCAAGCCUUGUUGAGCUGCGAAAGAAAUUAGGACGCUGUUUAAGUGUACGUUCAACAGUGACGACACUGUAUCAAGGAAAAACACACCGUUGGGUGCUUGCUUGGACUUUUGAAGCUCGAAUAAAACUGGAUAAAUUGAUGAAAUGUUCACCGCCACUGGAGCUUUGUUUGCCAUCAGUCUUGGAUGGUAAAGAAAGUUCAUUUGCUUGGAUAAGAAAAGUACUUGGUGUAUUGGAGAUGUCUUGUGAGAAACAAGAUGGUAAUAGCUUUUUAUGUGAAGCUGUCAAGAACACUUGGUCACAGCAGCGACAGAAACGUCGUGCAGAAAGAAUCGUUUGCCCAUCUUUGAACAAACGACACUGUCAUGGUCGAGCAGAUAUUGGUUGCACAGUCAAUUUGGGUAGCGGUGACGGCAGAGACAGUUAUAGCAAUGCUGGGAAUUUCGCGGAGUGUACAGUAUUUAGUGGAAGCAGGAAAAAUGAGGAUACACGUGAUGUAUCCAUACAAGCUUACAUGCCACUGGAUAGUGAAUUGCAGCCAUUGAUUCGUUUUCGUUUAGUGAUAUAUCCUUCCGAGCAUUGCCUGAAAUUAUACUGGUUGGAGGGAUCGCGUCACUGUUUGCAUCAAAUAUGGCAGUUUUGUAGAAAUCAGCUCGCCAAACUGGAAAAAUCAAGCCAGCCUUCAUCAUCUUAGAUUUUCAUGUGUGAAUUUCAUGUUACUAACUUGUGAAAAUGCGGUCAUUGUUGAAAACAAAUGCUCAAAGCUAUUGCAUUACCUAUGCAACAUGUUUCAGAGAACAUCUUAGUUAAUCAUACUUUUGCGAACAAUCAGGAAAGAAAGCGAGAAUCAGAGGAUGAUUUUCUUUUUUACUUCGAAUGUUACCUAAACACUUUUUUACAGAGCUAAACAUCUCCUUCAUUAUCUUUCGUCAAUUUACCAUAUAGAUUUUGUUAGUUUUGAUAUAUUUCGUCGACUUUGUAUGUUUCUGUGAAUAGUUCACAGUAUUUGGGAUCCAUAGAAGAAACAGCUAAGCACCAAUGAGCAAAUCUCUUUGCAAAUGAUAUGUAGGGUUUCAAAAUCUUGGUGUAAACAGUUUUCUAUUUUAUUUAUUUAGAAACCAUUUAGAACAUCGGUUCUUUUCGAAUUUACCUUAUAGUGGAGGGAAAAGGAGUACAAAGUUGUCAUCUAUCGUUUGUUACAAAGAUAUCAUUUGUCGUUUGUGCUCAUAGUUAUAUAUAUAAUGAUUAAUAUUAAUAAGGUGA